CUCGGCGCCGCGCGGGCUGGCUGGCCGGCGGGCGAGCAAGGGCCCUCUCCAUCCCUCUCUCCUCCCUCUUCUUCCCCACUGAAGCUCUGUCUGAGCGCAAUGUGGAGUGGUGAUGCCCGCCAUUGCGACCGUGGCUGAGUGGCUUCCGUACCUGAGUCGCCAGCACGCGGCGCCCAGUCGACAACAUGCUCGUUCCCCAGCGAUACCAACGAUGCGCCACCCUUCUCUGGCUGUUCGUCGCGGCACUCCUCACACCAGCCCUCGCCGGUGACGACGGCCUGCCUCUCCCCAUUUCUGUCGCGCCCGACCAGAACUGGGAGGGCAUCGAUGGCAGCUGGAACACCUUCAGCCUGCGCGUGGGCACGCCCUACCAGCCCGUGCGCGUCUUUGUCUCCACAGCCAGCCAGCAGACAUGGACCGUGGCCAAAUACGCCUGCAUGCGCUCUGAGUUUGACUCCGCGACAAACACCACUACCGAGAAGGAGGACUCCGAUUGCCGCAACUCUCGCGGAUGGACCUUUGACUCAAACGCUUCCUCGUCGUGGGACUACAACGGCUUCUACCAGCUAUGGAUUGAAAAGAAUCUGGAUUAUGCAGGCAAUGGCCAGUACGGAUGGGACACCGUGGGCCUAGGGUUGCCAGGGGAGGAAGGCCCGACACUGGUCAACACGACUGUGGGCACCCACAUCUCGAGCGACUUCUGGCUCGGUCACUUUGGCGUCAAUCCGAAGUCGACCAACUUCACCAACUUCACUGAUCCCUCACCGAGCUACAUGACGCUCCUCUUUGAGCAACAUCAUAUACCGAGCGUGUCGUUUGGGUACACUGCGGGCGCUCAAUACCACGGAACCUCUGUUCUCGCAAGCCUCACGCUUGGUGGCUACGACGCUUCGCGGUUCAUCGAAAACGACCUGACUUGGAAUUUCGCGCCCGACAACGAGAGGGACCUUGUGGUAGGCAUAGUCGACAUAUCCGCAACCAGCUCCACCAAGUCAAGCAUCGACCUAUUGAACCGCGAUCCUUUCUCCGCGUACAUUGAUUCUACUGUUGCCGAGCUCUGGCUGCCCGUUGAAGUAUGCGAAGCUUUCGAAGACGCAUUUGGGCUGGUCUACGACAACACCACAGGCCUUUACCUCGUCGACGAUCAACUGCACGACAGACUCAAGGCGGAGAACCCUUCUGUUACCUUCCUGCUUGGCCAGAAGUUUGUGACCAACGCAACCAUCAACAUCACGCUCCCAUACGGUGCUUUUGAUCUGCAGGCCAGUCCACCUUACAAAGGGCUGACGAACGUGACCAACUACUUUCCCCUUAGGCGUGCAACUAGGGAUAAUCAGUUCACGCUCGGACGCACCUUCCUGCAGGAAUCGUAUCUAACCGUGGAUUGGGAACGCCAGAACUUCUCCAUCUCUCAGUGCAACUGGGCGCUUGACGAGCAUAAAAACAUUGUUUCCAUCAUUUCACCCAAGUAUACCGGCGAAAAUGAUGCUUCAUCAAGUGGGCUGUCGACGGGGGCCAUCAUUGGUAUCGCGGUUGGCAUAGGUUUGGUCGUCAUAUUCGCUGCGGGUGCAUUCUUCUUAUGGUUCCGGCGUCGACGGCAAAGGCAGAUGGACGAGAAGGCCAAGUUGAACUAUGCGGGCCAGGCUGCUGCUACUAAAAAAGAGUCGUCAAGCGAAAAGGAGGAGCCUCUCCAUUCCCCUGGGCAGGAUAGCGGAGUAGGGCACGUUUUUCCGAAGGCAGAGCUACCGGCAGAUUCGAAAUUCGCGGAUGCGGAUGAGGAACGAAAAGACGUGGACUCACCUACUUCAUUUGGCAGGCUAGUGGAAGCGGACAACACUGAGCGGCCCAUCUACGAAAUGGAAGGUGAUGUGCCAGCGCCGAACGAAAGCGGCGGACGGCAGCUUUCAGAAAAGGAGACGAUGAUGGUUCGCGAAGCAAGGUAUAACGGGGUGGAUCCGAGUGGAACCGCGGACGCUUCGCCCAGGUCAGAAGAAGAGCCGCCGCAGCGUCACCGACCUGCGCCGUUGACGGGACUGGACAUUGCCAUGGUGAACAGAAGACUGCCUGUGUCUCCGGUGACGCCCUUGACUCCGCGCACCAGAGACGGGGCGAGUUUGGAAGCGGGCGACACGUUCUUCCAGCCGUUGCAGCGGCGCACGCCGCGAGAUGGCAGCUUGCUAGAGGCCGAAGACACGCUUCUUUCGCCUGUAUCUCCUCUGGACCCGCCAACGGACAUGUCGCGGCGGCGAUUCUCUUACGAAUCAUGACCAAAAGUAACUGCAUUGGGUCGGCGUUUGGGCGGGUGCUCUGGACGAUGGAGGGGUUUUCCUAUUGUCGUCUAUUUUGGUUGUGUGGC